AUGCGUGCCGCUCUCCAUUCCGGCGCCGAUCCAAACGCACUCGACAAAGUCCGACGCCCCGAACAGAGUAUGGAACGACCGCUCCAUUACGCCACCGAUGUUACGCACUUUGAUUUUAUGCCUCGAUAUGAGAAUUUACCUAUUUUGGAGUUGUUGGAGUUUGGGGCUGAUCCAAGAAUGAAGGGGAUGGCGGAAACUAGAGAAUCGCCGUUGCGGGAGCGAUAUGAAGUUUUUAAUGCGGCUUUGGUAGUGAUUGAGGAGAAAGUUAAUGAGUUGGAAGUUAAUGAGGCUAAGAAAGCGGCGUCGUGGACGGACUCGUGUCAGGUCAGUUGA